AUGGAAUUCAGAAAACUUUGCAUCCUCAUGACUGUCCUUGUGUUUUGCCCAGUGUUCACUGCAUCAGCAUGGUCAGUCAACAACUUUUUGAUGACGGGACCAAAGGCCUACUUGACAUACUCUACCAGCGUGGCAGUGGGAGCUCAGAGUGGCAUUGAAGAAUGCAAGUUUCAGUUUGCAUGGGAACGGUGGAACUGUCCUGAGAGCGCCCUUCAACUAGCAACUCACAAUGGGUUAAGAAGUGCAACUAGAGAAACAUCAUUUGUACAUGCUGUCAGUUCAGCUGGAGUAAUGUACACCUUGACCAGGAAUUGCAGCAUGGGAGAUUUUGACAAUUGUGGAUGUGAUGAUUCUAGAAAUGGACGCAUCGGUGGAAGAGGUUGGGUAUGGGGUGGAUGCAGUGAUAAUGUUGAAUUUGGAGAGAGGAUCUCAAAACUUUUUGUUGAUGGCCUGGAAACGGGACAAGAUGCUCGAGCCUUAAUGAACUUGCAUAACAAUGAAGCAGGAAGACUUGCAGUGAAAGCAACUAUGAAGAGAACAUGCAAGUGCCAUGGAGUAUCUGGAAGCUGCAGUGUACAGACAUGUUGGUUACAACUGGCAGAGUUUCGGGAUAUCGGCAACCAUUUAAAAGUUAAGCAUGACCAGGCUUUAAAACUUGAGAUGGACAAGAGAAAGAUUAGAUCAGGUAACAGUGCAGAUAAUAGAGGAGCCAUAGCAGAUGCGUUUGGAUCUGUGGCUAAAACUGAGCUCAUCUUUUUGGAAGACUCCCCCGAUUAUUGCCUAAAGAACGCCAGCCUCGGUCUCCAAGGCACAGAAGGGCGAGAAUGCCUCCAAAGCGGAAAGAAUUUGACCCAAUGGGAAAGGAGAAGUUGCAGGAGGCUCUGCACUGAAUGUGGUCUUAAAGUAGAGGAGAAGAAGAUUGAGAUUGUUAGCAGCUGUAACUGCAAGUUCCAUUGGUGCUGCACAGUGAAAUGUGAACAAUGCAAACAAAUCGUUAUCAAGCAUUAUUGCUCCAAGCGGGAGAGAAAUUCUGACAUGUUCGUAAAAAGGAAGAGUAGACACCAGAGAUAA